GGAAGGAGAGGGAAAGAGAAAGGACUUCUCAGAAGGUCUCUUUCGUAUGAUCAGGAGGCACGAGACGAUCAUUCUUCACGAACAUAAGCCUUGCUGCCACUGAUCCUUUUAGCCAUUUCAGAAUAAAGUUUCUUUGAGCUUGUUUGCUAGGAAGUGGUGGCCCUGAUCCUCGCGUGUUCGUGUUGUCAAAUCAAGCGUGCUUGCUGACAGCUUUUGUGCUUUUGUUGAGUGAGACACGAUGGCAACCGCUUCGACUCUGGUGCAGGCGUCUGUACUGUCCCGUGCGGCAUUUGAGACUUCAUCCAUCUCAAAGCAGCUGCGCACGUCUGAAUGCAGCCUCCCUAGCAUGCUCCGGCUGAGUGCCGGCAGUCUAGGAGGCUCUUCCCUCCUGAAGCAGACGCCAAAGGCAAUGUCCCACGCCAGAGAUCUUACAGUUAGGGCCACCGCUGUUGUCGAAGCCGAAUCGAAGCCAGAGGACGCCUCCAAAGAAGCGGCCAAAAUGCCAGAAAAGGUGAAGGCGAAAGAAAAGGUGAAGAAGGCGCCUGCCACCAAGGGCUCCAGGGGUGGCAACAUCCCCUGCGACUGGAACGACGUGGUCAUGUUUCAGGGGUUCAACUGGGAGUCCAACAAGAACGAGUGCUGGUACAACAUCCUGAAGAAGUGCGCAAAGGACCUGGCGGAGGCAGGGAUCACCGACGUGUGGCUGCCACCGCCGAGCCAGUCAGUGGCUCCUCAGGGCUAUCUUCCCGGCCAGCUCUACAACCUGGAUGCCUCCAAGUAUGGAAAUGAGGAGCAGUUGAAGGAGCUCAUUGACGAGUUCCAUGCCAACGGCGUGCGCGCAGUCGCCGACAUUGUCAUCAACCAUCGGUGUGCUGAUCAGCAGGACGAGCGCGGCGUGUGGUGUAUCUUUGAGGGAGGCACACCUGAUGAACGCUUGGACUGGGGACCCUGGUCCAUUGCGAAGGAUGACGAGUUUGGAGACGGCACAGGAGCGCCUGACACUGGCGAGGACUACGGCGCCGCGCCCGACCUGGACCACACCAACGAGAGAGUGCAGAAGGAUCUCAUUGGCUGGAUGAAGUGGCUCAAGGAGGACGUUGGCUAUGACGGCUGGCGGUUUGACUUCACGAAGGGCUUUGCGGGAUGGGCCGUGGCGCUGUACUGCAAGGAGACCGGGCCUGGGUUUUCGGUGGGGGAGUACUGGACCUCCAUAGGGUAUGAGGGCGAGGGGCCUGCUUACAACCAAGACUUCCACCGGCAGCAGCUGGUCGACUGGAUCAACAGCGCGGAGGGCCUCUGCUCCUCUUUCGACUUCACCACCAAGGGCAUCCUGCAGCAGGCCGUGCAAGGCGAGCUGUGGCGCCUGCGCGAUGAGAACAACUUCCCGCCCGGCCUCAUCGGCUGGAUGCCCGAGAAGGCGGUCACGUUCCUGGACAACCACGACACGGGCUCCACGCAGAACCACUGGCCCUUCCCGGCGGACAAGGUCAUGCAGGGAUACGCGUACAUUCUGACGCACCCGGGGAUCCCCUCCGUGUUCUACGACCACUUCUAUGACUGGGGCCUCAAGGAGGAGAUUUCGAACCUGAUCAAGUGCCGGAAACACAACGGGAUCCGGGCGAACAGCAAGAUCGACAUCAAGUGCGCCGACGGGGACUUGUACGUUGCGGAGAUUGACAACAAGAUUAUUGUGAAAAUCGGACCCAGGCACGACAUGGGUCAUCUGGCUCCUCCUGAGUGCGACUGGAAGGUGGCCUGCUUCGGCUGCGACUACUGCGUCUGGGAGAAAAUCUCUCAAUAACCCCGCAACCCCUUGGUCUGCAGUCGAAGCUUGCGCAUAAGAAACUAGAUCCGUGCUCGUUCAAUCUUGCAAUAAUCGGAUUACCGGAUCGCUGUUACAGAUUUGCGGGUUGUCAGGACGGACCGCAAAAACAGCCACCUGCAUUCACCAUGCACAGAAGGUUAUUCAGCCGAAAGUUGGAUACUGAGAAUAUUAUAAAACAGUUCGCUGGCAGGUAAUUGAAAGGACGAGGCUUGCGCGUUUUUUGUACAUGCUAAAAAGCUGUUACAUAGGCAUGCACUGUUAGUUAGGUUAGGGGCUGCUUAGGUUUCGAUUGGAACAAUGUAAAGAGCCGGUGGGGCAUGGCAUGCUGUAUAUGCCUCGGCUGCAACGCGAAGUUGAUGCAAUUCUCGCUCAUUCACUAGCUGAAAUAAAUCCAAUUACUGUACCGAAAUGAAAUCAAAUUCGUCCCGGGCCAUGAAUCUGCCUG